AAAUUAUUAAUAAAAAAAUUAUUAAAUAAAAAAGAGAGAAAGCAAGAAAAAAGAAAGAAAAUUUAUAUUGCGCAAAAAGAAAUGAAGUUAGAUCAAAUUAUCAGUUAUUAUAUUACUCCUGUCAGAAGAUUCGAUAAGAACUUGACUGCUGAAUAAAUUUAUGAAUAGUAUCAAUAAGCUGCUCAAUUCAACGAAAUUGACGCUUUCACAAAUAUUCGUUUCCACAGAAAGUUCAAGGAAUAUAUUCAAACUUAAGAAUAAUCUGACUACCUUUAUGAAAAAGCUAAGCAAAUUUCUACUCUUGCAUAGAAGAUGUUCGAAAAGAAAUUCCCUGAAUACUACACUUAGUGA